CUAUGGUUACUGCGUAAACUCAUUCAUUUCAGAUCUUCUUAGCGAGAAAAGUUCGCUGGAAAUUUUUCUUGUAAGAAUCCGAAAAAUGGCUUUGACGGACCCUAAGAUUCCUCCACGUUUUGCAGUGUCGGAUUGGCACACAUCAAACACAAUCAUAAGAACGAAUGCUGAGCGCCAGCGAGAUGCUUCACAUCGUGUCCGUCAAGAAAGUCGCUUUCUGCGAAACGAGACAGACAAUCAUACGCGAUGGACUCAACACGACAGCAGCACAAAACUUGAAAACAGGAUACAUGACAUAAACAACUGGAAGAGAAGCUUAGAAAGAUGCCUGGCUGAAACAGAUGCAGAGACUGCUUUGUUACAAGAAGAAAAAGAACGAACAGAACGCGCUCUGGAGGCAAAGAAAGUUCCCCUUGACAUCACCCUGGAGUGUUUGAUGUUGAGAGAAAACAGACAAAAUAUUGAUCUCGUACGAGACGAAGUUGAAGCACAGCUUCAUAAGGAGGUGGAAGUGAUUGAGGGAACAAAAGCUCUUCUUCAGCAGAAAGUCAGUGAAGCUUUUGAACAACUCUGUCUCCUCCAAGAAGCUCGUCAUCAACUGCAUCUUGACAUUACAGACAAACACACCACCUUGGAGCUAGAUGGCGAAUGUUGGAGGCUAAACAACAACUCUGCCAACAUUGGCUUUCAAGUGCACCCCACACGCACUGUGAAGGGAAGUGUUACACCCGAGACUUGGGACUCCUUCUCAAACUACAAUAAAUUGCGAGCAGAGGCUGAGAUGAAGGCAUCCAGGCACCUCAGAGAAGCAAUUUUUGCCACCUUACAGCAGACAGCUAAUGAUCUUGAGGCUCAGAGGCAGGCCACUGAAUAUGCAUUUCGCAAAAGGAUUCAUGAGACUAAUCAGGCCAAGUCAGAGUUGGAAUGGCAACAGAAAAAUACCCAACAAGAAAUUUCUACUAUGGAAAAUGACAUCAAGGGAAUCAAGGAGGCAAUUGAUGCUAAGAAUGCACCAAUGAUGGUUGCACAAACACGUCUGGAGAACAGAACCUACAGACCAAAUGUUGAACUGUGUCGUGAUCAACCUCAGUACCAGUUGUGCCAUGAAGUUGCCGAAAUCGGUGGGUCAAUCAGAUCACUGAAUGAGAAACUCCGUGAAGCAGAGAAUGCACUUCAGGCUCUGCGCAGUAACUUGGAGAGAAUCAAUGAGGAUCUAUCAAUAAAGAACAACUCGCUUGCUCUAGAGAGCAGAAGUGUGGAAGUGCGACAAAAGAUGAAGGAAGUUCCCCACAGCAUGAUGAACAAAGGAACAGUGUUUCGUACCAUUAAGAGUGCAUCCCAUACUCCUGUUGUGGAGAAUGCUCCCUUUGAAACUGCUAUGCAAAGUGCUGCUUCUCCUGUGCCUGUGACAUCACCUCGCAUGGCUAAUACCUACACACCACCAGCAAGUGGGAGGAGGCUGGAAACACAACUAGUCCACUAAGCUAUUUGUAGAGAGCAAUUUCUCAGAUUGAGCUGUUAAGUUAAAAUAUAAGUAAUGAUUUCGUGAAAGCACUCGGUGAGGGAGUCAACUUGCAGAUAAACUUUUCAAAAAUGAUGGAAAAACUAUUGCUUAUCAAACAAUGAAAUACAAAUGGAAGUUUUACAUUUUAAAAUUUUUAUUUUGUUUUUUUUUUCAAACCUUUUUAAUCAGUGUGCUUUUAGACUUGCUCGAGAAGUAUGAUGAUACUCUUAUUAAUAAACCUUGUUCUCCUAAGACCUUAAUUAUAAUUAUCUUCUAAUUAUUAUUAUUUAAUUAUUCAUAUUUCAGAUCAUUUUAUUGUACAUAAUUAAUGCUGGUAAUAAAAAUAACUUGCUGAUAAUCAA